AUGUUCUAUAUCAAACAACCCCUGUGGUGCCCACCCAGGGGUCGGAAGCGCGAGCAGGCAUGUCGGAGAAGAAGCCCCGGGGGGCGGACGCCCGGCCCAAGUGCGGCCUCCGGAGCUGGAGCGCGGACAGCUACGCGUGGCGGGGGAAGAAGCGCUCCCGGAGCGGCCGGAACGGCUCCAGCCCCGGCGGGCUGGAGGCGGAGGGGGGGGGAGGACCUGGGCCUGCGCUCCACCUCCUGCCCCCGCCGACGCCACCGCGAGCGCAAGGGCAGCUGCUGCUGCGCCCUGGGGGACGCGCUGGCGGCCGGGGAGGUGGACGCCUGCCGCAAGGCGCUGUCCCGCCGCUCGCUGCGGCAGAAGUUCCAGGACGCCGUGGGCCAGUGCUUCCCGCUGCGCUCCCCCCCCCACCACCACCACCACCACCACCACCACUGCCACCUCCCCCCCGGGGCCUCGCGCCCCUUCUCCGUCCUCUUCUGGUCCAAGCGCAAGAUCCACGUGUCGGAGCUCAUGCAGGACAGCUGUCCCUUCUCCUCCAAGUCCGAGCUGGCCAAAUGCUGGCACCUCAUCAAGAACCAAGCCGCCCACCAAAGUGCCCUCAAAGACAUGGAGGCCCCCCUGAAGCUGAGCGUGUCGUCCUCCGCCUCUCCCCCGCAAACGCCCAUCUCCUGGGAGGACAUCUGCUGCUCCCCCGGGAGCCCCGCCCUGGAGGACUGGGACCCGUCCUGCGGCCGCGCCGGGGCGGCGGUCAGCUGCGGCCACACGGACUACAUCCUGGUCCCGGACCUCCUGCAGAUCAACAACAGCCCGUGCUACUGGGGGGUCCUGGACCGCUUCCAGGCCGAGGAGCUCCUGGAGGGCCAGCCCGAGGGCACCUUCCUGCUCCGGGACUCGGCCCAGGACGAGUUCCUCUUCUCGGUCAGCUUCCGCCGCUACAGCCGCUCCCUGCACGCGCGGAUCGAGCAGAACGGGAAGCGUUUUAGCUUCGACGUGCGCGACCCGUGCAUGUACCGGGACCCCAGCGUGACCGGCCUGCUCAGGCACUACAGCGACCCGGCCACCUGCCUCUUCUUCGAGCCCCUGCUGUCCAAACCGCUGCCCAGGACCUUCCCCUUCCCGCUGCAGCACCUGUGCAGGGCGGUGAUCUGCAGCUGCACCACCUACCGGGGCGUGGAGGGCCUGCCGCUGCCCCCCCAGCUCAGGGACUACCUCAGGCAGUACCACAUCCGCUGCGACGGGGCCUGCGCCCUGUGA